AAAUGCCGGCGGCAGACGAAACUAUUUCUACCGCAGGUGCGUGCAUCGAAGUUCCAAGCGCAUCGCGGAAUCCUGAUAAACUUUUUCGAACCACGUUUCACGGAAGCCGAAUCGACGCGGAAGAUUCGUCGCAUCGACCGCAUCGAGCGAGCAACUAAACGAUACCGUUACGAAGAAAUUAUUUUUGUUCGUGCCACCGUCGAGUCACCGAUACCAUACGAUACACGAUUUUCACCGAUGCGCCGCAAAAUAUUGCGGAUACGAAAUUUCUUCGACUCCUUCGAUUAUCUCCGCGUCUCGCCUUAACCCAAAUACACGAACGUUUUAUCGUUCGGAAUACCAUUUCAGGACAAACGUUUCGAACGACGUUUCACGCUGUUAAUACUAAACUUGCCGAACGGCUGCAAAAGGCUGGAUAAAAGUUUCCUUGUAAAAAUAACAAGACCGAAUUUAUUUGGUUUCACAUGUUAAAUAUUCGAUCGUUUUCUGCGAAAGAAUCCCUGCAAUCUUAAAAAGUUUAAAACAAAAAAGAUGUCGGAUCGGAUAUCUCCGGACGGAGAUGUUAACUUGCAACAGGGACUCGCCUCGAACGUUACUCAUCGUCGAAAAUGGCUAGCUUACCGUUCGAUCGUUAGCAUCGACCAUAAAUUCUACCGCUUAUUCUAAUCGUGAGUAAUAAACUUUGAAAGAGCGAACAGAGAUCGACUGGUGCGUUAGAUCCUGAGAUUCGGGUUAUAUUUUCGAAAACGAAAAGGAAAACGAAAAAAUAACAGCCAGAGGUAGAUCGAGCCGACAACGAGCGCGGUCGGCAGCUAGUAUGCACGGUAGCCGGAGCGGAUCGGUUGGCGGCUAGCGGCAGGCGGCAGGAGCAUGCACUAUGGCGGCGGAGCGGAGCAGAGCAGAGCAGGGUAUAGCCAUAGCGUGUACAAUGCGGGCUCGAGUUUAGGGGGGAGUUUGAAGCAGCCGUCGGACUGUCGGACCCCCACCGUUUCGAUCCCCACCUCCCGGGGCCCUCUCCUACUCGUUUCUACUCCACAGCAGUCCCCCUAGCACAUCGAAAGAGUUUCCCUCUCGCCCCCCGACUGAACAACAAGCCACUGACUUCUCGUCAGUCGACGUUGAAGAGACUGCUACGCACGUACUACAUAGGUGUAUAUUGCCGACACAGGAUUCGUAAAUCGUACUCGUUCGCUGCCGAUCUCUACCUGCGCGGAUACACCCAGGGAACGGGCCGAGAAAAAAGUGCCGCGCCGACUGAAAGACAGGGUGAAACCGGCCGAGCAGAGAGACGAGGAAGGUAGAAGAAGAAGAAGAAGAGGAGGAGGAGGAGAAGGAGGAGGAGGAGGAGGAGGAAGUAGUGGUAGAAGGAGAGGAGAAAGAGGAAGAAAGAGGGAGAGAGGCGACAACGCCACCGAGAGACACGGACCAGGGAGAGAAGAGAAGAGAAGAGAGAAGGUUGUUACACAAUUUCGCGUCAGGCCCGAGUUUCCCUGCGAUCGAAGGAUUGACAGUGAGUGCCCUGUCUCUGACACGAAGCGAUCACCGCUCGGCACGACAACGAGGACGACGCACCGGUGUCUGUUUGGAAAAUCGAGAGGGAAAACAAACGAAUCGCAUGUAGCUAUUCGCGGGUAGAGGUCACGCGUAGAAAGAGGACACACUGUAGUACCGCCAGGUGGACCGGCAUUUGUUUACGCGUCCGAAAGUGCACGAUCGAUCGUCCGAGAGAGGAAGAGGGAGAGAGAGAGAGAGAGAGAGAGAGAGAGAGAGAGAGAGAGAGAGGGAGCGAGCGAGCGAGAAAGAGAGAGAGAGAGAGAGAGAGAGAGAGAGAGAGGGAGGGUGUACGUGAAAGGAGAAAAGAUGUCGUGAUACGAUACGUGUGUUUUGUCGACGACCGUUGGCUGCGUUCAAUUCCUCGCUGGCUACAAACUAAACUAGAAAGAUCUCGUCGAGAACGUGGUUCGGUGACCGAUCUGCGGAGCGCGCGCCGUGCGAGCGAGACCGAGCGACCACCUUUCGAAGAAGGAACAAGAGCCUCCGUGUAACUGUGACCCGCGCAAGAAAGAGGAGAAGGAGGAGGAGGAGCAGGAGGAAAAGGAGGAGCGGGUAGUCGGCCAGAAGAAAGGAGAAAGAAGGAAGAAGGACGAAAGGCCGAAGGAGAAGGAGAAACUGGAGAAAAGGAAAAGAGGAAGGCAACGCCGCGUGGACGUGGACACAGCCGUACGGUCCGUGUAUCCGUAUCGUUUCGUUUCAUUUCGUUUUACCGCUUUUCGUGGCGGCCGCGGGUAGAUGAGGUCCUGCGGAAGUUGCCGCUGUUUCUCGAACGGUUCCCCGUCGUUGUACCCGUGAUAACGAGUCGGUGAUAGCGCGGCGCACAGGUGAUCGUCGUUCGCGACCGGAAACGCGAACGACAAACGCGACGAACUUUCCCUCGAUCUCGAGUCGGACGACGACGACAAAGGUUGUAUACGCCACCGUGCUGGUCGCGCGCGCCGAACCAACGACAGCAUCGUCGACAUGUACAAGCUACUAGGGGAUCUCGGACAGUACCUGAAAUGGCAGGAGAUCACGACCGAUUCGAUGGUGUUUCGGUUGCACAACCAUUUCACCGCGGUGCUGCUUUUCACGUGUUCGAUGGUGAUCACCGCCACCCAAUACGUUGGUAAUCCGAUCAACUGUAUCGUUCAGGGCUUGCCCACGCACCCUAUCAACACUUACUGCUGGAUCACGUCCACGUUCACCAUGCCGGACGCGUUCAAUCGACAGGUUGGCCUGGAGGUGGCGCAUCCAGGGGUGGCGAACGAUUUCGGCGACGUCGACGCCAGGAAAUACUACACGUACUACCAAUGGGUGUGCUUCGUGUUGUUCUUCCAGGCGGUGAUGUGCUACGUGCCGCAAUGGCUGUGGAACAUGUGGGAGGGCGGUUUGAUCAACGCGUUGGUCAUGGGCAUGAAUCACGGCCUCGAUCAAGACGAGAACAUACAGAAGAAAAAGUCCGUGUUGACGGACUAUCUGAUGACUCACAUAAAGAGCCACAACAUGUACGCGUACCGGUACUUCGCCUGCGAGGCCCUCUGCCUGGUGAACAUCUUCCUGCAGAUGUAUCUGAUGAACCGGUUCUUCGACGGCGAGUUCCUCAGCUACGGGCUACGGGUGUUGCAGUUCUCCGAGGCUCCGCAGGAGGAACGCGUCGACCCCAUGGUCUACGUGUUCCCACGGGUGACCAAGUGUAUCUUCCACAAGUACGGUCCCACGGGAACGAUACAGAAGCACGACUCCCUCUGCAUUCUACCGCUGAACAUCGUCAACGAGAAGACCUACAUCUUCAUCUGGUUCUGGUUCACGAUCCUCUCGGCGAUGCUGCUGGGUCUGAUGGUGUACAGAGCGGCGAUCGUGUUCGCGCCGGCCGUCAGACCUCGUCUGCUCCAUCUGUCCACGAGACUCUUGUCUAUCGAGACCUGCAACAGCAUCAGCAGGAAGAUCGAGCUCGGCGAUUGGUGGAUUCUCUACGUCCUUUCCUCGAACAUCGAUUCGCUGAUCUACAGGGACUUCCUGCAAGAACUGACCAAGAAGAUGAGCGACGUCCAGUCGGUCUCCGCUUGAUCGAAUCGACGCGACCGCGAGAGCCCCGCGAGACCCUUCGUCUCCUCCGGCGUCUCGUUUCUUUCUCUCUAGCUCCUUUCUUCUCUCCAUCCGUCUCUAUCUACCUCUCCGUCUCUCCGUUUCUCUGUCCUUCCGGGCGCUCGCUCUCCGCCUCGGCUAGUCGUGGACGCGAGAAGAGCGCCGAUAGAAAUCGUUCUCCCCGUAGAAAAGCAUCGCGCGAUUCUGCAACGGCUCGCCCCGAGUAUAGUUUUCGUAUCCAGCCGAGUCUAAAGAGAACGAUCGCUGCGCACGACUGAUAGAGAGUACGUUGCGGACGCGCGUCGAUGCUUUAAUACCGCGCAACCGCGCGACCACUCUAGGAUCUCUCUGUAUGCGUGCAAAACCGAGGCUGCGCGUGCGAGCGCGAAUAGCUGCGUAAAAUGCCGUUCCGCUCUCGACCAGCGUUCUUUUCCUCCCGCCCCGUGUCCCGGAGCGAAGCCGCGUUCGUCGCAAUCUUUCUCUUUCCCUUAUCGAGAGGCAAUUGCUCAAAACGAAGUGGCCGUGUCGCCGCGACCGUCCCGCGACGCCGAUACAGGAAUUCUCGAUCGAACGGAUCUUACGGUCGGAGCAGAGACACGCACCGUUUUACCGUGCAACAUUCUCCCGCCGUGAGAUCAUCCGGUGACACCUGAUGCGACACGCGUCCAUCGUAACGCGCCCCAUUGCGAGAAAUUCUAUUUUCAUAUACAUUCCUAGCCAGCGUGUUCGAACGGCUUCGAGGAGCGCAUUUCCCGAAGCGAGCCACGAUAUAUUCCUCGCGAUCGCGAUCCGCGUACGUUUCUCGACGCGUUCUCCGUUACAUCGUAUGGUCGCAGGGCGAGCUCGAUGGGCGAGCCGCGGUAGCACGAUAUCGUUUCAAAAGCUCGCGCGCGAGAUCCUGCCCGAUCGUAGCUAAUCGUUCGUCUCGCAACACUUUGUACCGACUAUUUUACCCACUUGUGUUCCAUCGACGGGAAAACUGUGUCGAGAAGUCUGUUUAAUAGAAUACUUUUUGAACCACGUGUUUCUCUUAGCAUUCGACGCAUUCGCGUCGCGUCGAUUCUGUAACUCGCGUACUCGUUCACUGGCAAAACUCGUACGUACGAAUCUCUACGGAUCCGUACUCUCCAAUCUCUCUCUUUCUUCUUUUUUUUUUUUUGAAAAGCUGUUACGCGUUCCUCGACAGACUGUGGGAGAUCAUCGGGGGGACAGUGGCUGUUCACUCCGAUUCUCUCGCGGUUCGUACAAUUUCGUUGCCGGUUUUUCGUUCGAUAUCGAACGCCGUCGAGAUCGCUAUUUAUAAUUUGCAGAGCGAAAGAAUUUAUGGAGAAAAAUUGAACAAUUUAACCGGGCAAAACUAAUUGCUGCCUCCGACAUUUUUGUUCAACGCUAAACCCGACGCAACCGAGCAAAGGGUCGGUUCUAGGUUACAAUGAUCCGAGUCGAGAGACUACGCGUAGAAGAAAGUACCCCGAAGAGCGAGUUGAUUCUGUUACAAGAGUAGGUUACAAGCGAUAGACGCGUUACGCGAGCUUCGAGAGAAACGUAUCGUUCUUUUUUUUCUCUCAUAGAUCGAUCGAUGCCGCGAAAGAGAAUUCUAUAAAGCGUUAUAGAUUCGGUAUCAUCUAUUUAGGAUAAUGAUGUAGAUAAAAUUAACCGCAACGCGUAUCUCUUAUUAGCACAUUCAGGAUGGACGAUACCAAAUACGCUUCGCUGGACCGCAGAUUUUGUGCAUUGGGAUAAACAUUUCCGACCGGAAGAAUUCACGAGUUGUUUUUGUUAUAUUUUCUUUCGAUUUAUCAACGUUUAUUACCACGGAAAGAAUACGUUUUGUUUUCAUUUCAUUUCAUUUCAUUUCAUGUCCGCAGUUUAGGCGUCAUUUUUACAAAUCCAACCUUCGGAUAUUCGAAGACGAUAAAGCAACUGCCGAAUAUUCUUAGUUUUAUCUGUCCGAAUGCUCGGUUCGAGUUCCAACCAUAUCAUCCUGAACGCGUUAACGUGUAAAAAACCAAUUGUUAUUCAUUUUGUAUUGUUGUAUAUAAAAUUGAUUCGAUAAUAUUACAUUUAUUCGCAAGAAAAGGAAUCGAAUAUUUAUUUUACGUCGAUCCAAGUUGCGCGCUUAAUUUUAUCGAUCCGAACCUUGUCGUCGGUGCAAUUAGUUCCGAGUACCGAUCGCUUGUGACCGUCGAUUCGCUUCCAACGAGCUCUUAUCGGGUCUAUCGGAUUCGUCCGAGAAUAAUUAUCGAUGAUCGUUCACGGUGUACGACCUACCAUCGAUUACCGAUGAAAAGACGAACGUUAACGAAACGUUCGUAGGAAACGGUUCUCAUAGAAAUAUUCGUACUUUUGUAUAUCCGAUCGAUGUUAGAAAAAAUAUUUCUAUGAAAACUGCGAUACUUUCUACCGGAGUGUCGUUAAAACUUGCAAUUGGCGCGCGAGACAUUGGCCGUAGCCACUGACAGCAAGGUUGGCGAGAGUACCAUCUCUGUUGCAACAGUUUUUCUUCGUCGUACGCGUCUUCCACGUCGGGUAGACUCGAUAGCGAGCGUCUAGAAUGCCGAGCGGAUCGUCGGUUGCCAACGUUCUCUCCGCUUCAUCCUCGGCAAAGAAAUCUCAAUGGCGCGUUGGUCCAAACCGCGGGUCCCCUUCAAAAUCUAGAAAAAAUUAUAUUUUCGUUAGCCGGAAUCUGCGAAAUUCGGAUCAAAUAAGUUAAGUUUCAAACGAUACAGAGAAAUGUCUCGUUGUUCUUUCUGCGAGAAAUUGGAAACGCGUUUUCUCUCGUAGAAAUAAACGCCGUUCCAUUCUCUGCGCCGCGAGAAGAGGCACCAGUUUCCGCGUCUUCUCGUUAGUUCGAUAAACUUCCUUUACCGUUUAACGCGUCGAGCACGUAGAAAUCCGUCGAACGAGUUUUGUCGAGUCCGUAUCGAGGCGGCGAUGUAUCUUUUCUCCGAACUCCGAACGAUCAAAGAGUCGAACCGUGGAGAUCGACGCUCUGCCUCCGUUUAUACUUCGCUGCCAAUCUAUUCGCGACGAAGCACGCGAACGUCGCUAUACUAUAUUCUCGAUGUACCUACUUUAACUCGGUUAUUUUUCCGACCAUUUAUUUAGUAGCGAAACGAGGAAGCCUUUACGAAGCAGUCGACGCUCGCCGAUCGGCUUCCCGUUUCGGUCGCGAUCCUGCCACGCGAGCGCCGACUCGACUGCCACGCGACGCUUUCGAAGUUGAUAGAGGUUCUUUCGUUGAUAGCGUACAACGAUAACGCGUACUCCGACGUUACGCUUAUCCUUUAGCAUUAUCGUAGCGGUAUUCGAAGAAUCGGAACGCAUCGAACCGAUUUGAAAAGCUAAACGUGCCUAAUGAAAAUUAAGAUAAGAUAGGUUACUCGUUACGCGUUUAGGCGAAACGAACGGUUCGUUCGUUUGCGAAAUUCCAAAGGUGAUACAGCGACGAAGCUCUUUCGGUCUUCUUUAGAUGUUGAACGAAGUUCUCGACUAUUUUUACUGUUACUAGAUUAUGGAUAUUACGCGUUUGUACCAUAUCGAAUAGUGUAAAGUAAAAACGCAAUAAAAGAACGACUUCGGCAAAAUGCUA